AUGCGCCGCCGCCCCUCCACCCCCCGGCAUCAGACGCCCUCCCACCUCAUCCGCUCCUUCAAUGUCGACGCAAAUCCAACCCGCCCCAUGCGCCCCAGCCCUCUUACGGCAUCGGCCUUUCGCGACAUGCCGCUCGACAUCGUCGACCGCAUCCGCUCGUUCCCCCUCUUCAUGUCGGCCCCCGCCGAGUUCCUCGCCGCCAUCGGCAAGCACCUGCGCCCGCAGAUCCACAGCCCGCACGAUCACAUCCUCACCGAGGGCGACGAGGCCCGCGCCAUGUACUGGCUGGUGCGCGGCGUCGUGGCGGUUACAUCGCGCGACGGCGAGGCCGUUUAUGCCGAGCUGAGACCGGGCGCCUUUUUCGGCGAGAUCGGCGUGCUCAUGGACAUGCCGCGCACCGCCACCAUCGUCGCCCGGUCAAAGUGCCUGCUGGUGGUGCUGAAAAAGGAGGACCUACACGCCGAGCUGCCCGGCUUUCCGGAUAUGGAGAAAGCCAUCCGCCAAGAGGCCCAGGAGCGCCUGGCUAUUCUCGAGCGCAAGCGCCAGGAGCGGGGCCAGGUUCCAAAGCCCGAUGUGAUCGAGACGGGCGAGGUUGUCAACCCCAAGAAGCGCAAGUCGCCUAGCCCAGGUGUCAUCGAGGACCCGACCGUGGGCGGCAGCGCUUUAGGGAGCGGCUACGUCAAUGUGCGCCGGACCCUGCGCGAGCUGCCGCUGUUCUCGGCCCUCCCCCCUGACAUUCUACACUUUCUCGGCCUCAGCGCCAUCCCCCGCACAUUCCCGCCGUUCGUCGACAUCGUCCAGCAGGGCAGCCGCGGCAAGGAGAUCUACUUUAUCGUCCGCGGCGAGGCCGAGGUCAUGCACGAGAGCGAGCCGGCCAGGCCGUCCAAGCCGCGCCUGCACGCCGGGCAGUACUUUGGCGAGGUGGCCAGCCUGGGCCUGUCGGACCAGCGCACGGCCACGGUGCGGUCCAUCACCACCGUCGAGUGCCUAGUCAUAAGCGGACAGGCCUUGGACGAGCUGUGGAGGAGGUGUCCGCCCGAGCUCAAGACGCAGGUCGAGGAGACGGCCAGGAUGCGGUACCAGGACAAGAUGGACGUCGAGAUGAUGGACACGCAGUUGCUACACCCCCCGCAGACGCCCAAGCAGCUGCCCCAGGUUACGUUUAGCACCCCCAAGCCGUCGCCGGAAAAGGAGCCCGACCCGCGCCAGCCCACCGACCCGGAUCCCUAUCUUAGUGUUGAUAUGGAGAACCUGCGCAGCCGGCGACGCGGCUCGCUGGCGCCUCCCACGCCCGACGCGCACACCAACUGUAUCAAGAACCACGCCGUGACCGAGCCGAGCCCGCUCCGGCCGAUGCUGCCGCCGACGCCGCCGCGCACAGGCCACGACGACGAGGAGGAGCAAUCGCCCUUCAAAAAGGCAAGAACGCUGCCACGCCGCCGCCGCGCCACCCUUUCGGGCCGCGCCGAGAACGGCGAGGAGGCGUUGCCCGAAGACGUGCUGGUAGCCGUCUUCCAGCACCUGGACCUGCUCCAGCUGAUCCGGCUGCGGGCCGUGUGCCGGCACUGGCGCGACGUGCUGACCCGGGCGCCCAAGCUGUGCACGCACGUCGACCUGGGCUCGCUGGGCCGGCGGGUCAGCGACGGCUGCAUCGCCAACCUCAUCGCACCCUUCGUGGGCGCGCGGGCGCUGACGGUCGACAUCGGCAACUGCUUCCAUAUCACCGACGAGGGCUUCCAGGCGCUGUGGAAGCGCUGCGGGCGUAACGUCAAGACGUGGCGUAUGAAGUCGGUCUGGGAGGUGUCGGCGGCGCAGAUCCUCGACAUGAGCGAGAACGCGGAGGGCCUCGAGGAGGUGGACUGGAGCAACUGCCGCAAGGUGGGCGACAACCUGUUGGCGCGCGUCGUCGGCUGGGUGGUGCCCGAGCCGCCCACGCCCAGCAGCUGUGGUGGCGGCGGCAGACAGGUGGUUAUGGCAUCGUCCAGGGGUCGGCGCGGGCCGAAACAAGCGCCGCAGCCGCCACAAAACAUGCCGCCGCCCGGCACCGUCAUCGGCUGCCCGCGGUUGCGUCGGCUAGACCUCAGCUACUGCAAGCACAUUACAGACCGUUCCAUGGCUCAUCUGGCGGCGCACGCGUCGGGCCGGCUCGAGGCCCUAUCCCUCACACGCUGCACAUCCAUCACGGACGCGGGCUUCCAGUCGUGGGCGCCGCACCGGUUCGACGCGCUGCGCCGGCUGUGCCUGGCCGACUGCACGUACCUGUCGGACAAGGCCGUGGUGGCACUAGUGGCGGCGGCCAAGAACCUGACACAUCUAGACCUGUCUUUCUGCUGUGCCCUGUCCGACACGGCCACCGAGGUGGUGGCGCUGGGGCUACCGCAGCUGCGCGAGCUGCGCCUGGCGUUUUGCGGUAGCGCCGUGUCCGACGCCAGCCUCGGUUGCAUCGCGUUGCAUCUCAACGAGCUCGAGGGCAUCAGCGUGCGCGGGUGCGUGCGCGUGACGGGGUUGGGGGUCGAGAACGUGCUCGAGGCCUGCGCGCGCCUGCGCUGGCUCGACGUCAGCCAGUGCAAGAACCUGGCCGGCUGGCUGGGCGGCGGCGGUGUCGAGCGCUGGGGGUUCGACGAGCGGGGAGCAGCGAGGUCGACGCCGGCGCCUGCGCGCGGGGGGUUGGUGGCCGGGCCUCGGGACGCGCCGUCCUACGCGGCCGUGGUCUCCAAGCCGGCGUGGCCACGGCCUAACACACCUGUCCCUGCCGGGUUCCGGCCCGUCAUGCGGCCCAUUGUCCUGCCCAAAGGCGUUACGCGGACGCGGACGAGGCCGCCCGUGCGGUUUAUAGUGGAAAAGGGGAGUUACGGGCUGAGGUAG